AUGUUGCUCAAGCCGUUCGUUUUACUCUCUGUGCUGUGCAGCUAUGGUCUGGCAGCUCCAGAGAUCCAGAUUGGCGAGACUACCGUCGUCGGUAAAGGCUUGACCGAGUCUAACACAGAAUUCUUUGGGGGUAUUCCGUUUGCUGAGCCGCCUGUUGGAACCCUGAGGUUCAGGGAUCCGGUCCUGAAGACGACCCCCGGUGUGACAACCUUCAACGCGACAGCAUUCGGAAAGUCCUGCCUCCAACCGGCUAUGUUCGGUCCCCCGAUGGACAUAUCUGAGGAUUGCUUGACUAUCAACAUUGUCCGUCCCGCUGGUACCCAACCACGGGAGAAGCUGCCAAUCCUUCUAUGGGUCUACGGUGGGGCAUUCGUUGUCGGAGGGGCGAGUACGUUUGAUGGAAGCACGCUGGUAUCCCGCGGCAUUGAAAGGGGUACCCCGAUCAUCUACGUCAAUUUCAAUUAUCGCGUUGGCCCGUUCGGUUAUCCCCAAGGUCAAGAAGCGGACAACGAGGGAGCACUCAACUUGGGACUCAAGGACAUUGUCGCUGCGUUGAAAUGGGUCCAUGCCAACGCAGAGACAUUCGGCGGCGAUGCAAGCAAGAUCUCCAUCUUCGGCGAAAGCGCUGGCGCUAUGAACAUCGGGCAUCUCAUGCUUAGCCCAGGCUUCGAUACCCUCGUCAGGGCCGCCAUCCUGCAAUCUGGCUCGCCCAGCAGUGUCUCCGCCACUCGCGCUGUAGAACGGAACGCCGUCUGGGAGGCCUUCGUUGGCAGUAUCCCUUCAUGCGCAAGGGUAGCCAAGAGCGGUAGGACAUUCCAGUGUCUGCAGGAGGCUAGUGAGGAAGAAAUCAUGACCAGCUACCUCGGGCUCCCUGGUCUCGAUUUCUUGGGAGGCCUCUCUUGGGUCCCAACCCUGGACUUCCGCCGUGGCAGCCUCUUCCCUGGCGUUCCCUCCCAGCUCUAUAAGUCAGGAAAAUUUGCUCGAAUUCCGUUCAUUGCUGGAACUAACAUGGACGAAGGAACAUUGUUCGCAAUGGCAUUCCGUAGCCCAGAGGCCAAUGAAGACCUGCUGCGGGCAAGCACGCUGGCGACUAUUUCCCCCGCCAAAAACCCAGGCCGCCGUCUCACCAACGCUGUUGACCGUAUGUUGAGACUCUACCCUGAUGUGCCAGCUCUUGGGUCGCCUUAUAACACUGGCGACGAGUUGUUUGGAUUCCCCUCGAUCUAUAAACGUGCCGCGGCCAUCCAGGGUGAUUUGGUCUUUGACGCACCCCGACGACAGCUGUCCCAAGCAGCUGCGCAGAAGAAGGUGAAGUCGUACGGUUAUCUGUUCACCCAGCCCCAGCCGGCAGACCCUGCCAAUGGUGUUGCGCACGCCGCUGAGAUCCCUUGGGUCUACGGAACUCCUCCAGACCAAUCUCCUUCCGCACAGGGCUUUAGCGUAUCCUUAAUGGACUACUGGAUCUCGUUCACUGUCAGCUUGGACCCCAACGACGGCAAGGGCUCUGAACGUCCUGUCUGGCCUGAGUAUACAAAGAGAGCACCGAAUCUCCUCCAGCUGGACAGCGAGAACACCACCGUUAUCCGCGAUGAUUUCAGGGAGGAGAGGAUUUCGUUCCACCAUGACAAUGCUAUUCAUCUUGGGAAGUGA